AUGUCGAUACGAUGGAAACGUUCUACCGAUCUUUUGAAAACAAGUCCAGUGCGAGAAGAAUUUCAAUAUGAAAUACCAAAUUUAGAUUAUUGUCACAAUCAUAAUACUAGUGAUAUUCUAAUAUUUGUUGUAUCGAAAUCAAUUAAUUACAAUAUGCGUGAUGCUAUUCGAAGAACAUGGGGUAAUAUGGCAUAUGUUAAAGGUGUAAAACAAUUUUCAACAUUGAAUAUAAGCUUGAUAUUUUUGAUUGAUAUUGAUGAAACAAAUAUGAAAAAUGUUAAAUUAGAACAAAACUUAUUUGGUGAUAUUGUUCAAGUAAUAUUGCCACAACAUUAUACAUUAGCGACAUUGAGAGAUAUGUCUAUAUUGGACUGGACAAUACGCUAUUGUUCUCAAGUUAAAUUUACGUUUAAAACCGAUGAUGAUGUGUUUAUUAAUAUAUUUUUGUUAGCAAAAUUUGUUCAAACAUUACUUUUUACUUAUAAUAAUCGAACUAUGCAAAAUUUAACAAGUUUAAAUUGUGAAAAUUCGAUCGGUAAUAAUAAUAAACUUAAGUCUUAUCCUCAAACACUCUAUGGAUUUUUGAUUAAAGAUGCUGUUGCUAUUCAUUCUACGACAGAUCCGAUAUCAGAGUCCGCCAGAUAUAUUGUCACUGAAGAUGAGUAUCCCUGUGAUAGGUAUCCAUCAUAUUUAAGCGGUUUUGGUUACUUGAUUAGCGCGACGGCAAGAUAUGCAAUUUUGUGUACAUUUUAUCGAGAUAAAUCACCUCUUCCAUUGUCAGAUGUUUAUGUCACAGGAAUUUUACCCGAAUAUUUAAGAAUACAGCGACAAUCGUUCAAUUUUGAUAUUUCAUAUCGUGAAAAUGAUAAUUGUGAAGAUUUUUUUAAAAAGAAGACGAGUCGACCCUAUGCAUUUUUAUUUUAUAUUAAUAAUAUAUUUUUGACUUGGUGUUCUAAGGAUACAGUUUGUGAAACAUCGAUAUUUUGUAAGAAAAAAAAACCAAAAUUAUUUGAUAAUUAUUUAUUACUUGAAAAUACUGUUGAUACACUUUGUAGUGAACGAGCAACACGUCGUGGAUAUCAUCAAAAUAUUAUUGGUGUAUCAGCUUAUAUAUCAUUGAUUGAUAGUGUUGAAUUAAUAAAUUCUAUUUGGAAAUAUUUAUUAAUAUAUUUAGAAGAAGUUCGAUUAAAAUAUCCUAAAUGGAUUGUACGCGUUUAUUAUCAUAAUAUAAAUGUAUCAUUAGCAGAUAUUAAAAAUAUUGAAAAUUUAUAUAAAAAUGUGGAUUUUUGUGAUGUUCAAAAUAUUCCUGUACUUGGAAAUAUAGUAAAUUAUAUGCCUGGAAAAAUACAACGUUUUUUGCCUCUAGCUGAUAAAUUUGUUGAUUAUUAUAUGUCUCGAGAUAUUGAUAGUCCUAUAUUUGAUCGAGAAGUAUCAGCCGUAAAUGAAUGGAUUGCAUCAGAUAAAAUGUUUCACAUUAUGCGUGAUCAUCCACAACACGAUACGGCCAUUUUAGGUGGUCUAUGGGGAAUAAAAAAAUUUGAAAGUAAUAGACAAAUUAUAUAUGAAAUGAUUAAAUAUUUAUUAUCUAUAGAUUUAGUACCAUGUUAUAAUCGAAAAGGUGAUCAACAAUUUUUAGAAAAAUAUAUUUGGCCAUUAAUUCGCACUAAUUCUCUUCAACAUGAUAGUUUUCUAUGUCGUCGUUUUCCCACAGCUGAACCAUUUCCAACACGUAAAAAUUCUUCUUUACAUUUUAUUGGAUGUAAAAGACCGUGUAUACAUGAUACUCAUGGCCCAUGUCCAAUUGUAUGUAGGCCAAAAACUCAUCGCAAUUGGACAUUUUGUUAA